AUAAGAAACGGAGGUUAAAGCUCGGGCAUGGCCAGGUCCUUCAGAUGGCGACGUGCUAUCAAACUGAAACUCUCUCUCUCUCUCUCUCUCUCUCUCUCUCUCUCUCCUUUCUCUGUUCUUAUAAACAAUUUGUUCUUCAACGCCGUUCCUUGAAGCAAUUUCUCAUGAACUAUUAAUGGGAGCUGUCUCUUUCUUUUCCGCCCUGAUAGAAACUCCAAUCGCAAGUAAACUCUCUCUUUCUCUCCCAACAACGACUCUCUAAGACCAUCCACCUAUCUCUACUACCUCCACCUUUCUCAAUUAAACAAACAAUGCCCGUGCUCCUUUUUGUUUUCUAUUGGGGCAUUUCAUCGAACACCUUCCCUGCUUUCUCUUUGCUUCAUGAUCUGUAGCCAUCUUACGGGAUUUUAGUAGAUCUGAGAGAGAUAAACUGAAAUAUGUGUAAUUGGAGCUUGGUUUUACUUGGGUUUCUCCAUCUAAUCUUGAGUAUUGAUGGUCAACGAACUGAACGAAUAUCAGGUAGUGCAGGAGAUGUAUUAGAUGAUGAUCCAGUUGGAAGAUUGAAAGUUUUUGUUUACGAAUUACCAAGCAAAUACAACAAGAAGAUUCUGCAGAAAGAUCCAAGAUGUCUCACUCACAUGUUUGCUGCAGAGAUCUACAUGCAUAGGUUUCUAUUAUCUAGCCCAGUUAGAACCCUCAAUCCUGCAGAAGCUGAUUGGUUCUAUGCCCCUGUAUACACCACUUGUGACCUCACACCAAACGGCCUUCCUUUACCAUUCAAAUCACCUCGAAUGAUGAGGAGCGCUAUACAACUUAUAUCAUCUAAUUGGCCAUACUGGAAUAGGACCGAAGGUGCUGAUCACUUCUUCAUAGUGCCCCAUGAUUUCGGGGCAUGUUUUCACUACCAGGAAGAAAAAGCCAUUGAAAGGGGAAUACUUCCAUUACUACGACGUGCUACAUUGGUUCAGACUUUUGGGCAGCGGAAUCAUUUUUGCCUAAAAGAUGGAUCAAUAACAAUUCCUCCAUAUGCCCCUCCUCAGAAAAUGCAAUCCCAUCUCAUCCCUCCCGAUAUUCCCCGCUCCAUUUUCGUCUACUUCCGAGGAUUGUUUUACGAUGUAGGAAAUGAUCCUGAAGGCGGUUACUAUGCAAGGGGUGCCCGAGCUUCAGUUUGGGAAAACUUCAAAAACAAUCCUCUUUUUGACAUCUCAACAGAACAUCCCACAACUUACUACGAAGACAUGCAACGAGCCAUUUUUUGUUUGUGUCCACUCGGGUGGGCCCCAUGGAGUCCGAGGCUAGUUGAGGCUGUGGUCUUUGGUUGCAUCCCGGUUAUAAUAGCAGACGAUAUAGUCUUACCUUUUGCUGAUGCCAUUCCAUGGGAAGAAAUAGGCGUGUUUUUGGAUGAGAAAGAUGUGCCUAAUCUAGACACCAUCCUAACUUCAAUCCCUACUGAGGUAAUUCUUAGAAAGCAAAGAUUGCUUGCUAACCCUUCGAUGAAACAGGCUAUGUUGUUUCCACAACCAGACCAGCCGGGGGAUGCUUUUCAUCAGAUUUUGAAUGGGCUUGCUCGAAAAUUGCCACAUGAUCAAGGCGUUUUCUUGAAACUGGGGCAUAAAUUGUUGAACUGGACGGCAGGCCCUGUUGCUGACCUCAAACCCUGGUAGAAUGUAUGUACUAUGUAUAGUUAUUGGUUCUCUAAUAAGGACAUUGUAUUCUUUUGAAUGUGUUGUAUGUCUGUUGUAAUGAAGAAGCUCAUUAUCAGUAAAUAUGUAAAGAUUGGAUCCAUUAGCAUUCCUGCAGGGAUAUUAUGGGCUUUUGUAGUUUUUU